UUUCCCCUAUACUAAUACGCCCCUCCAACUUGGCGCAGUUUUGAAAAACAUUCUUAAUCAACGUCUUGCAAAAUGGCAGACUUGGUUCCAAGCACUUCAUUUGAAUCAAGUGUCAUACAAUAUGUAAAGGAGGAUGAAGAAGCAAAGUUUUUUGCAAGGAGAACUGAUUUUUUAUCAGGAAGAUACUUCUUAAAAUCAAAAUUUCAUGAAACAUUUGUAACACACAUCCAAGCUUGUAGACGGGGUAUUACACAUACGAAUUACGUGAGUGGCAUUCAAGGGGUAGGCAAAACGUCAUCUGUGUUAUACUAUGUUUUGGAAUGUAAAAAAAAAGGCGAUGAUGGAAUUCAUUAUUUUGAUUUAGAAAAAAUAAUUUCUAAGGAUAAAAAGUUAAAUACUUUUACUGAAUUUUCUAAUAAGUUUGAUGAUGGUCAUUGUGUUGUUAUUGAUCAUGUGACCAGGCACAAUUCUUGUUACCUUGACAACAUAAGGGAGAUAACCAGUGACAAAGGAAUUAAUUUCAUAUUCAUUGAGUCAGGUUUUACAACAAGUGCACACUAUUUACUAGAUUUUGGCAAAGAUUUGCAGUUGGAUGAGGACUCAUUUUUAAGAAUCUGGAAAAGAUCUUUGGAGUCACUAGGUUAUCAUAACCCUAGACUUAUAGCAAUUGGGGAUGAAGUUUAUGCUUUAUUUGCAGAAAGAUUCAUCAUGACCCCAAAAUUGCUUCAUUCGGUGCUAGAUUAUUUCAUGAAAAGAACUGGUCUAGUAGUUGCUGAAGUUUUGAGACAGUACACAUUAGACAGACAAAAUGAAAUUGCAAGCUUUAAAGGAUAUCCACCAGGAAGUACAUGUACUAGUAAAGAAUAUGAAAAGCUUGAACUCCAUACAAUGAUUUUACUGGAAUAUAUUCCAGACAGUGGAGAAUGUAUCUUUACCGAAAACGAGGCAAGUUUUUUAAAAGUGGCUGUGAACAUAUUUGAAAUGAAAAAAUGCAGAGUCACCAGAAAUGAUUUAGAAACUAAUUUGGAAGUCUUACGACUUGAUCUUGAUGAAGGAGAUUUCUAUAUUAAGGUCAGGCAUCUUGUUCCUUAUUUAGCAAACGAUUGGCGCAGACGACUUCCUUUCCAUUUCGAAGAGAUGCUUGAAAAAGUAGCUGGUGAUGAAAUCUUUGCAAUUAUGUUUCAGAAUGGAGGGUCAAGAAAUGAAUUUAAAGAACUCCUGUUAGAAACUCAGCAAAAAGUAGGGCUGGCCAUCUUACCAGAAAUCAAAGUGUGGGAAACGGUUUAUCUUAAAUCUGACACCAAGCAUAAUAUUUUUCAAACAAAUAGAUUGAAAUUUGUGGUCAUGCCAUCACAAAAUUUUAGAACGCCUUAUACAUCCUUGAAUUUUUACCAGAAUGAUUUGCCAGAAAAUUUUAAAGGUCAUCUAAGAAACGUUGCUUUGUUUGGUGUAUAUCUGAAACAACAGAUAGCAUCAAUAGGUGACUUUGUUGCUUUUCCGCAAUCCCAAACUUUAAUGGGAUUUGAUUAUGUUGUUCAUCAGAAAAUUGAGACUGAAGAAAACUGUCCUCCCACGAAAAAGGCCAAGACUUACAAAAACUCAGUGUUAUACCUUAUUCAAGUGGCAACUGGUUCCCGUUCUCAUAGAGGGGACACUAUUGGUAGAGCUCUGGAGGUGAUGAAGAAGAUAUUUUCUGACGGGGAUGUUACCCUACAUGCUAUUGUUAUCAUUGCCAGAGAUGAUGAUAAACCUUACACUUUGAAUAGGUGUAGUUUCGAAAAUCUAUCAGUUAUUAACCUUUAUACCAGGAAUUCAGAUGGCAUUCAGAAUAUACUACAAAUGAACAAGCUCCUGUAUAGAUUUUAUACUCAUUUGAUUGAGAACAAACUGGAUGCAACUCAUUUCGUUAGAUAGAUCCCCGGAAUAUUAACUUCCUGUAUUAAUGGUUGACCUAUUUACCAAAGAAGAAAAAAACUGGUUAUCAAUAUUGGGGUUUUACCACGCUAGCUGACAGGAAGCUUGUUUCUGUGUGAUAACUUUUGAACCAAUCAAACACAUUAGGGAGCUACCAUUU